GAAAGAAGCAUCGGCAGCCAUUUUGUUUCUGCUUUGCCGUGUCUUUCAUUGAAGGCAUUGUGUAAAUGUGUUAAAUUUAGUAGCAAUUGAUAUUAUUUGCUAUUAGCAAGUUAACGCUUAUUGUAAUUUCUACUGAAAGUAUCUAUUAAUAAGUGUAUUUAAAAUGGGUCGAGGAAGAGACCGUAGCCGUGACAGACGUCGUAGCCGGAGCAGAAGCAGGAGUAGAAGUCGUAGUCGUAGUCCUCGUUAUGGGUUAGGGUCGGGCGGUGGUGGCGGCGCUUACGGCGGUGGGCGUCGCAGUAAUCCUGGUGCGAAUCUGCGCAAACCCAAAUGGGAUUUAAGCCGAUUGAAACCUUUCAAAAAAGAUUUCUAUGUUCCUCACAAAGACGUUGAAAAUAGGUCCGAUUCGGAGGUGGAAUCUUGGAGAAGCGACAAUGAGAUCACCCUUAAAGGUCGAAAUAUCCCAAAACCGACGUUGACUUUUGAUGAGGCUGGUUUCCCUGAUUAUGUUAUGGAUGAAAUUGAUAAAAUGGGAUUCAACAAACCUACGCCCAUCCAAGCACAAGGUUGGCCCAUUGCCCUUAGUGGAUAUGAUAUGGUUGGUAUUGCUUCGACUGGAUCUGGUAAAACACUUUCUUACAUUUUGCCUGCCAUUGUUCAUAUUAAUAAUCAACCAAAGUCUAGUAGAGGCGAUGGACCUAUUGCAUUAGUUUUAGCACCAACAAGAGAAUUGGCGCAACAAAUACAAGAAGUGUGUGAUAAAUUUGCAAACACUUCAAAAAUACAUAACACUUGUUUAUUUGGUGGUGCCCCUAAAGGACCUCAAGCAAGAGACCUAGAUGCAGGUGUGGAAAUUGUAAUUGCAACACCUGGACGUCUUUUAGAUUUUUUGGAAAGUGGUAGAACCAAUUUAAAGAGGUGCACAUAUUUAGUCUUGGAUGAAGCUGAUAGGAUGUUGGACAUGGGUUUUGAGCCUCAGAUCAGAAAGAUCAUUGAACAGAUUAGACCCGAUCGUCAAACGCUCAUGUGGUCUGCUACAUGGCCAAGAGAGGUUCAAAGUCUUGCAUCAGAAUUCCUCAAAGACUAUCUACAGAUUAAUGUAGGCUCUCUGCAAUUGGCUGCUAACCAUAAUAUUUUGCAAAUCAUAGAUGUCUGUAUGGAAUAUGAAAAAGAAACUAAAUUAAGUACACUUUUGAAAGAAAUUAUGGCUGAAAAAGAAAAUAAGACUAUAAUAUUUAUAGAAACUAAACGUCGAGUUGAUGAUAUUACUAGAAAAAUGAAAAGAGAUGGAUGGCCAGCUGUGUGUAUACAUGGAGACAAGUCUCAACAUGAGCGUGAUUGGGUAUUGCAAGAUUUUCGCAGUGGAAAAGCUCCUAUUCUUGUAGCUACAGAUGUUGCUGCUAGAGGUUUAGAUGUCGACGAUGUAAAGUUUGUCAUUAAUUUUGAUUAUCCAAGUAAUUCAGAAGAUUACGUCCACCGCAUUGGAAGAACAGGAAGAACCAAUAAAACUGGAACUGCCUAUACCUUUUUUACACCUUCAAAUGCCGCCAAAGCAGGCGAUCUCAUGUCAGUACUAAAAGAAGCUAAACAAGUUGUAAACCCCAAAUUACAAGAACUCGCAGAGCGCGGCGGCGGCGGUGGCCGGCGUCACCGUGGGCGAGGCGGAAGAUACCGGCGGGGAGGUCGUCGCUCGCGGUCGCGGUCCCGCUCCCGCCGCCGCCGCAGUCGCUCGCGCUCCCGCUCGCGGGACCGCCGCCGCCGCCGACACAGCUCGUCGCGCUCUUCACGCAGCAAAUCUUCAAGAUCGUCGAAAAGCCAUUCGCGAUCCCGUUCCCGCUCCCGGACACGUUCGCGCAGCCGCUCUCGUUCAGGCAAGUGCAGUCCGUUGAAGGACACCACUAACGCUGUACCGAAGCCUCCGACUCAAGCUCUGCUGCCCACGCCAAAGCCACUCUUACCCACUCCAAUCGGUCCUCAGCUUCCUGUGUCACAAAACGAUAAGUAUAAUGGCAAAUGUUCCACAACUCCUAUUCGAAAUGAAAAUUUAAAUACUAGAGGAAAUAGCAGAUCUGUAAAUGAUAAUGUCACAAAUGAUGUCCCACAACAGCAAUCUAAUCAAAUUCCGCCGUUAAUGGCGCUCAAUCCACAAAUGUGUGUGCCUCCUCCCAUGACUGGUCCAGGGUUUAUUAUGCCGCAAUACUUUCCACCUGAUCAGUAUGGAAUGAUGAUUCCACCUUUCGCUACCGCUCCGAUUAUGACCACCGCCAACUGGGCGGCCCCACCUCCGCCGCCUCCACCCCCUCCUGCACCCAACACCUCCAACAAUGUCAACAACUACAACCAAGGGCAAAGUGGCUAUGGAGAAAGCAGCUUGGAGUCAGAUUCCAGGAAGCGAGGUGGCCGUUCUGGCGGCCUUGGAAGCUCGAGCUCUUAUGGGCCGAGCUCGGGUGGGCUCGGCUCAGGCGGCUUAGGCUCAGGCUCAGGCUCAGGCUGCGGCCUGGGCUCCGACGGGGGCCUGGGCUCCGGCGGAGGCCUGGGCUCAGGUCGUGGCGACGAUCGCGGCUAUGGUGGUGGCCUCGGUUCUAGCGGAGGCCUUGGCUCUGAUGACGCCACGUCAGCAUCGCGAUCGCGAGGAGGCCGCGACAGACGUCGUCGCGGCCGAGGACAUGACGACGACUCGGAAGGUCCGGGUGGUGGCCUCGGUUCCUAUGGAUCCGGCGGCCUUGAUGGUGGCCUGGGUCAGGCUUACGGAAUGCCCUCUGGCGGUGCCGAUGUGCCCCAUGGGAGUCAACCGCCGCGCCUCCUGCCCCAGCCCGGCGACGACUACUUUACACAGGGAGCCAAUUUUACAGCAUAUGGCUCUUACGGUCCUAAAAAUAAAAGAAACCAAGGCGACGGUAUUGACAAUAAUGACGCAUAUCAAAACGAAAGUAAUUAUAAUAAUGGUAUGGAUUUCUAUAAUCAACAAAACAUGGGUCCUGGAAGACCUUUUGGUUUAGGUUCGGACCAGAAUGGUUCCAACGAGGCGCUGGUGAAUGGCUCCAUGGGGUACAAUAAUAACCGCCAGAGGAAUCGCCAACGGCGGUGAAAACACCGAGAGAAUGGCUACAAUGGUGACUCGCGCCGACGCAGAAGACGCUGAAAUUACGUCGAAAAGAAAGUGGAGAA